CAUUCCCCCCACCUAAAAACCUUCUCUUAUAAAUCUCCCCUCUCUCCUCCUCCUCUCCUCUUCAGGUACCCCCCUCUCCAUUCCCACAUUCUCAGGUACCUCUCUCUCUCUCUCUCUCCAAAAUCCCAACCCGAAAUGGCUCUCGCAAGCAACACCUCUCUCCUCCCCACCAAACCCUUGUACCAAACCCAAACCCUCCUCCCUUCCUCCCAAUCCCUCUCCACCAAACCAAGAUCCCUCAAACCCAUCUCAGCCGUCCACUCCACCGACCCCUCCAAGACCCCCAUAUCAACAACAACAACAAAGGCACCCGCCGCGGCCGUCGCGACUGUAGGGACCACAACGGUUACAACUACGAAGUGGGCGGUGGACAGCUGGAAGAAGAAGACGGCGCUGCAGCUGCCGGAGUACCCGGAUCAGGGGGAGCUUGACGCGGUGCUCAAGACCCUCGAGGCCUUCCCGCCGAUAGUGUUCGCCGGGGAGGCGAGGAACCUGGAGGAGCGCCUCGGCGAGGCGGCGAUGGGGAACGCUUUCCUGCUGCAGGGCGGGGAUUGCGCGGAGAGUUUCAAGGAGUUUCAUGCGAAUAACAUUAGGGAUACGUUUAGGAUUUUGCUACAGAUGGGGGCCGUGUUGAUGUUCGGUGGACAAAUGCCUGUGGUCAAGGUGGGAAGAAUGGCGGGUCAAUUUGCAAAACCCAGAUCGGAUAAUUUCGAGGAGAAGAACGGAGUGAAGCUGCCAAGUUACAGAGGAGAUAACAUCAACGGAGACGCCUUUGAUUCCAAGUCGAGGAUUCCAGACCCGCAUAGGAUGAUUAGGGCCUACUGUCAAUCUGCGGCUACUCUCAAUCUAUUGAGGGCUUUUGCCACCGGAGGGUAUGCUGCAAUGCAGAGGGUCAACCAGUGGAAUAUGGAUUUCACAGAGCACAGCGAACAGGGAGACAGGUAUCGAGAACUAGCUAACCGUGUUGAUGAGGCCCUUGGAUUCAUGGCUGCUGCUGGACUUACAGUGGACCAUCCUAUUAUGACAACCACCGACUUUUGGACGUCUCAUGAAUGCUUGCUCUUACCUUACGAGCAGUCUCUCACAAGGUUGGAUUCAACAUCCGGCCUCUACUAUGAUUGUUCUGCCCAUUUCGUCUGGGUUGGGGAACGAACUCGACAACUUGAUGGUGCCCAUGUUGAGUUCUUGAGAGGCGUUGCUAAUCCCCUUGGAAUUAAGGUGAGUGACAAAAUGGAUCCGAGUCAGCUGGUUAAGCUCAUUGAGAUUUUGAAUCCUCAGAACAAACCAGGGAGGAUUACAAUUAUCACUAGAAUGGGAGCAGAGAACAUGAGGGUGAAGCUUCCUCAUCUAAUUAGGGCGGUUCGAAGGGAAGGGCAAAUCGUGACUUGGGUUAGUGAUCCUAUGCAUGGAAACACUAUCAAGGCUCCUUGCGGUCUCAAAACUCGCCCCUUCGACGCCAUCAGGGCUGAAGUAAGAGCAUUCUUUGAUGUCCAUGAGCAAGAAGGAAGUCACCCGGGGGGAGUACACUUAGAGAUGACUGGCCAAAACGUGACAGAGUGCAUCGGUGGGUCCCGAACCGUGACUUUUGAUGACCUCAGUUCCCGCUACCAUACCCACUGCGAUCCUAGGCUCAAUGCUUCUCAAUCACUUGAGCUUGCUUUUAUUAUCGCAGAGAGGCUACGGAAGAGGCGGCUUGGAUCCCAGCAGCGUUCAUUAGGGCUUUAGAACGGGCUUCAAGAAUCGAGACCCGCAGAUUAUGUUUGUUCUUUCUUCUAAAUGUAUUGCCGUCUGUUUGUAUUGUGCUAUGUCUCGGGUUUUUUUAGUUUUCAAGUAUGUUAUGUAUUGUAAGUGUAUACUGGAAGAAAGUGAUGGUUUGAGACUUUGAAGAGAUGGGAAUAAAGCAAAAAUUUGUUGCUGCA